CGUCAGCGGUAAUUGGACGGGACACCCUCCUCCUCGCCCUGUCCUGGCUGAGCUGAGCCCUGUGUCAGUGUGUGCCGGCGAGUGCAAGCGUGACAGAUCUCUGCUCAGUCUCCGGCGCUGCUGCGGCAUCAUGGGAAACUCCUCCAGCAUGUCCGUGAAGGAGCUGAGCGCAUGUCAUACCCACCGGUGGUACCGCAAGUUCAUGACCGAGUGUCCAUCUGGUCAGCUCACCUUCUACGAGUUCAAGAAGUUCUUCGGCUUGAAGAAUCUGUCAGAAAAAUCCAACGAGUACGUCAAUACCAUGUUCAAGACCUUCGACAUCAACGACGACGGCUGCAUUGAUUUCAUGGAGUACGUAGCAGCUCUGAGUUUGGUUCUGAAGGGUGGAGUUCAGCAGAAACUGCGCUGGUACUUUAAACUCUUCGACGUGGACGGCAGCGGCUGCAUCGACCGCGAGGAGCUGCUGCUCAUCUUCAAGGCCAUUGAAGCCAUUAACGGAGUAGAGCAGGAGUUUACCGCUGAGGAAUUGACCGACAUGGUGUUUAGCAAGAUUGACGUUAACGGAGACGGUGAGCUGUCUCUGGACGAGUUCAUCGAGGGCAUCCAGGCGGACGAGGUUCUGUCGGUGAUGUUGACCCAGAGUCUGGAUCUGACUCAUAUCGUCAGUAAUAUCUACACAGACAUCGACUCUGAGCAGCAGCUCAGCUGACCCCAGACCAGCCCGAGAUCAGGGUGCCAAACGAGACGAAGAUGAGGAGCGUUUCUCAACUCUGAAGAGCUUUAAACCCUCACAGUAUUAAUAGUGUUCAUCUGCAUUUCAACAGUCUGAUUAUUCCCCGUAAUCACACGCAAUAACUGAGACUAGAGCAAACGCAUAUUUAAGUGCACUUAUGUAGGUUUUAUUUGUGAUAUUAAAACCUCAGGUUUGAACAAAACAUGUAAAAUGCAAUGUUUCUUCAGCCCUGUGAUGUACAUCAGGCAAAUAAUCUGUCCUGCAAGAACUCCAUCUUAAUAUUACUCAGUAUUAUUAUUAUGAAGUAUUGUAGUGUGCAUUUGUAAUGUUACUGUACUUUUACA